AUGUCGGGGGAUUAUGAUGACGAUGUUUGUCGCGGCGCGCUCCGUCUCGUGCACGAGCUCUGCUUCGCCCCCCGCUCCCGCCCCCCCCACGCGCGGUGCCUCGAGUUCACCGACCUGCUGAGACACCGCGGGCACCCCCGGCCCGCAGACACAGAGGUGUCGGUGAGCCUGCUGUCCGUCAUUGUCACCUUCUGUGGCCUGGUCCUGCUGGGCGUCUCCCCCCUCCCCCCCGUCCCGGAGGAGCCUCCCCCGUCUCACCUGGGUCAAAUCCAACCGGAACUCUACGACUCUGCGGACUCUCACCUGGGCUCGUGCGUGGCCGCUGGCCCAGGUGGAGUCUCCGGUAGCCCCGGGGGAGUCCCGGGCUCUCCGUGCGGCCGCCUGGGCGUGUCCGUGCGUUACUGCUACGGCUCCCAGCAGCUCCAGGUGCGCGUCCUGCGCGCCCGCGACCUCCCCGCCAAGGACUCGAACGGUUUCUCGGAUCCCUACGUGAAGAUUUACCUGUUACCUGACCGCAAGAAGAAAUUCCAGACCAAGGUGUUGAGGAGGACUCUGAACCCCGAGUGGGACGAGACUUUCAGUUUCGGGGUUCCCUUCGCCGAGCUCCCCGCGCGCCGCCUCCACUUCAGCGUCUACGACUUCGAUCGAUUCUCGCGACACGACCUGAUCGGACAGGUGGUCAUGGACAACCUGCUGGAGGUGGCCGAGGCCAGGCCCGAGGUGCCCAUCUGGAGGGACAUCCAGGAGGGGACGGGGGAGAAGGCUGACCUGGGUGAGGUGAAUUUCUCUCUCUGUUACCUGCCCACUGCCGGCCGCCUCACGGUCACCGUGAUCCGCGCCUCCAACCUGCGCGCCAUGGACCUCACCGGCUACUCAGGUGUGUACAGGUGUUACAGCAUCGGGCACAACGAGGUGAUCGGGCUGUGCCGCGUGGGCAGCGACGCCGACGGCCCCGGCCGCGAGCACUGGGCACAGAUGUUGGCAAACCCCCGGAAACCCAUCGAGCACUGGCACACCCUGGUGGAGGAGAAGGCUCUGUCCAAGGCGGCGCCGCGGGACAAACCCGCCCUGGGGGAGCCCCUGGGCCCCCACUGA